AAGAGAAGAUGGCCAAAGGAAAAGAGAAGAUCCAGAGUAGUGACAGCUCAGCUCCAGCCCAACCUCGGUCCCUCAGGUCAAGGAAGAGGGGAUGUCCAAGUGAGGAGAUUUCUGAGACUGAUGUUCAGACGACCAUCUGUCAUCAGGACACUGGAGAAACUAAUGCAGCAGAGGAUCCCACACUGCUGCAGUGCCCUCUGCUGGAAUCUACUUUAGCUUCAACUCAACAUGAGGCAGCAGAACAGCCCUGUCCCACCAAACAAAAUCCUGUCACAGAAGAAAAUCCUGCGGACCCAACAGAUGUGACAGUAACAGAUUUUGCAGAGCAAGACGAGACAACAGUCACCAAACCCAACAAUGUUUCCAAGCUGGAAGGCUUUACAGUCCAUUCUGAUAAUGAUGCUGACAAGGUUGAAAUAACUGCAGAGGAAUGUAAGAGAUCACCAACUCAAACAGGGAAUGAUCAACUUCAGGUCUUUGUGCCACUCUCUGAAGAGGGCGAUGGCUUUACAACUGUUUUGGAAGAGCGGGCAGAUGGAAAUGAGAACUCUAACUGCAAUCUGGAGAGAAAUGCAGAAACCAGCCGAGAAGAGCCCAUGAAUGCAUACACGGCAGAUAUGAAGAUGACCACAAAGGAGGCAGCAGCGGUGUUACCGGCCAAAAAGAAGCGAAGGAUGGGAACGUGUGGUCUAACAGAGAAAGAGCGGAGUCACUUUCUGCAGACACAUAAGCGUGAGAACGGGCAAAAGGAACCGGAGAGAGUUGAGACACAGGUUGAUGAUAAUACAGCUGACCUUGUGGCUCAGGAGGAGAGUUUAUCCACACACGUCUUACUGUCCUCAAUCUCCAUCCCAGCGGGUAGUGAGUCCGAGCAGAACGAGGCAGCGAUAAAGCUUCAGUCCCCAAACUGUGAAGUGUAUAAGAGGGCAGAGGCUGACGUCUGCGUUGCUGUCACUACCUCAGAUGGGAGCAUUACUGUGAGUGGUCCAGGCUGCUCAGAGGAGAAGAGCUGUGGGGCUGAAGGAGGAACAGAGCCUGAUCCAGAACAAACAGCUGAACCAAAGUUAGAGCUCCCUGCUGAGGAGGAAGGGGAGGAGGAGGAGGAGGAGGAGGAACCUAUGAAUGAUGUGUCAGAUGGGUCAGUAUUAGUCGACCAAAGUCCUGCCAUCGCUUCUUCCCCUAAUCAAACCCAAAAUGAGGAGGCAGAGUACCAGGGUGAGUUUGAGACUGCCUGUCAGGAGGUGACUGGUGUGACCAUGACGACACAAGAUGAGAAGAAGGAAGAGCUGACAGGUGAUGAUGGGAACACUGAUAGAGCUCCAGCAGGUGCUUCAUCCACAGAGAGCCAAGCAGGGGGAUUGAACUGUGGCUCCGUGGAGCUCUGUGAGGCUGCAGUGACACCUGGUGGCUCGGAGAAGGAUGACAGUUGUGAGCCUGAGGAUGAACCUCGUGUGAGUGCUUCCACUCGGGACGCUGAGCUCCGUCUGACCAGGGACACCUCUGACCCGUUCGGACCUGAUGGUUGCUUGGAUUACGUGUCGGACUCACAGUUGAACACCAUUUCACUGACUGAAGAAGAGUUGACAGAGAGGGAGGAUGCUCUUGCUUUCCCAGACUUCCAAGAGGACGCCUCAGACCUGAUCUGUGGGCUCAUCAGAGAACUCUCCUCUCUGAAUCGAAAGGUGAUGGCCACUCACAGAGAGCUGGAGAGCCUUCGCCGCUGCACUAAGAGUUCAAGGAGCGCCACACGUUGAGGGAUUGGUUCAGCUCCACGCAACAAUGACCCUCCUGUUGCCCCAAUUGUAGGCAGUACAUUUUUGUGCCAUUGUAAAAAACAUUUCUUUUUGGAUCUAUUUUCAUACUUCUUUUGCACUGACAGCUGGCAUGUUCUUUUUAAAAGGUAUAGUUGUUGUAGUUCCUCUGAAAUAAAGCCAGGUGUUAUUUAUUAAGUCAGUGAUCUGAGUAUUAUUCCACAAUAAUAAGAAAAACGUCAUCAACAAGAACUCCACAGGUUAA